CCUUGCGUCAGCUUCUUGAGAGGGGAAGACAGAAGCGCUUGAACGUUUUACUCAUUGGUCCCACGAAUUGCGGAAAGUCAUUUCUUCUCAAUCCUCUGGAGUUAAUAUACAAAACGUUCAUAAAUCCUGCUACGGGAAAGUAUGCUUGGGUUGGAUUAGAGGAAUGUGAGGUCGCAUACUUGAAUGAUUUUCGAUGGUCACCAGAAUUGAUCGAGUGGAGUGACUUUUUGUUGCUACUGGAAGGGCAGACAGUUCAUCUUCCAAGGCCAAAGAAUAUGUUUGCCACUGAUUUGUGUAUUCCACGAGAAAACACCAUCCCAAUAUUCGCUACCAGUAAGGGGCCGAUUGAGUUUUGGGGGAAAUAUAAUAGUCGUGACGAGCGUGAGAAUGAUAUGAUGUCCUCCAGAUGGAAUAUAUUUAAGUUUAGCGUCCAAAUUCCAUCAAAUGAAAGUAAGGACAUACCAGCAUGUGCUCGUUGCUUCAGCAAUCUAGUCAUGUCUGGAAGUGAUGUUGAAUAA